AUGGGACCCGAAGCUUCCAAAGACCGACCGGCCCAUCAAGCGAACAGGGACAGCGACGACGACGACACCCCACUCCAUUGGAUCUAUGCCCCAAAUGCCCUCCUCAAAGCCGUUGUGCCCUAUGUCCGUGGCGGCAAACAGCUGAAUUUCGUCCUCUCAGUUCACGACCAACUGACCACCCUGCUCACCUCCAACUCUUCCCUCGCUCCAGAGUCAGACCUAGGCACCGAUGCGGACGGAGCCUACCUCGCACGCACUGACACCGCCUUCCGCCUUCUCGAAGCCGUUGUCAAAGGCAUCGAGUACCUAGGUCCAAUGACGGAAGAAUAUCUCACCCGUCUCUUCUCCGUGGGCGAGCAGACUCUGCGCUUCCUCGAGCUGACCAUCGGGAAACGCUACGGUGGGCGUGUUGUCGAUUUCGCCGCACUGGAGCUGGGGCAUGGCAAUAUGUCUACCACCUCGCAGAAGGAUCAACGGCAUCUCAGGCGUAAUGUCAUCAACUCCUGCCUUCGCACGCUUGACGCUCUGGCCAUGGGUGACUCGCACAGGGUUAGCGAGGCGAAGGAUGUGGUCGCUAUGUGCGCAGGGACGGCAUUGGAGGUUAGGGUGGCGGGAAACGGGACAUGGAAUUUACCGGCCAUCAACACGAACAUCAAGGACAAAGUCAAGGUCAAGGUCAAGGGUAGGCCUAGGGGUAAGGGCAAGCGCCGCGACAGCGCCGAGGCGGAGAAGGAGAAGUGGGACGCGGAGAUGUGGUACGAUUGUAUGUGCGCUUUACGUGCCGCGGCGCAGUGUUUAGGACAUCGGUAUAUGCGCUGGGAGGUGGAGAUUCGAGGGCAGAUUGUGCCAGGAACGGGGGUGGUGAAGGGGGAGGUGUUGGAGGAGUGGAGGGCGGCGGAUCACAAUGGUGCUGUGUCACUGACCUGCUGCAGCGAUGAGGGCUGA